AUGUCCGCCUUCACCGCCCUGAACGGGGGCUCACCACGAACGGCGGCACCGCCCCAGCCGGUUGAGCCCGCCGGAAGGAAGACCGUACCCCACGAACGUCCUCAGGGUAAGGUGACGGUGGAGUCGAGAGACCUGCCGGAACUUUCUCGCCAUCGGACCGAGAGCCUGCAGAAGCCGGAAAGGACGGCAUCGGAGCCAAACUACGCCGACGUGGACGGCUCGCACAAGCGCAAACGCUCAAGCUCGGAUGACGCGAACAGCCCGUCUCCCGCUCGAGAGCAAGCGCCCACCGGCAAAGGACGUCCGAGUCCACCGAGGGAGCAUCGGCAUGCCGGUCAUGGACGCGGAGAAGGGGAAGCCGUGCGGCUUUCUCGCCGCGGACACGACGAGCACGGCGUGCCGGGGAAGCGGCCGACUUCGACGACGAACUCGACCGCCCAUGGACGAGCAGACGAUCACGCCAACGAUACGCUGCAAAGGGCCAGCAGCCAGCUUGAUCACAGCGACUACAGCCAGACGAGCCCCGACGGCGAGGACAGGUCCAUGUCCGUCUACAGUCCCUUCCCGGGCGACCACCGGCAGGACCUGAUGCUUCAGCACGACCCCAAGAAGCGGAAGCGAAACUUUAGCAACCGAACCAAGACCGGCUGCCUCACCUGCCGCAAGCGCAAGAAGAAGUGCGACGAGCAGAAACCAGAAUGUAGGCCCUCGCCGCCCGACGCCAUGCGCCGGCCCCGAAUUUUCCGACCCUUCGUUGCCUUUGAAUUCUACGCUGACGAUGCCCCAGGCAGCAACUGCAUCCGAGGCGGAUUCGCCUGUGCGGGAUACCCCGUCCAACGGGGGGGAACUGGCUGGCACAAGGCGGACAAGCAGCCGGCCACGAUACCGCUCGAGUCCAAGGAUCCCAGCUACGUCCCGCCCGGCGCCUACGGCAUGCCGCAGCAAGCCGCGUACGCCCCCCAACCGGCCAAGCGGGAACCCCUACCGCCCUAUCGCGGCCAGGCUCUCCGGAUAGACCCCCCUCAGGGCCGGUCUCUGGCGCUGUCCGACGACGACCGGCCGACGGCGUCGACCCUGACCGGCGCGUCCGUCACCAGCCCGGGCAUGAAGAUCUCGGCCGCUCCCUACACGCCCGCCAACGCUUUCCCGACACCCGUCAGCGCCAACACGCAGCCGCCGCCGUUCGCGGAGAGGAUGGCCAAAGACUAUCACCACGUGCCGUCGCUCCACGACAUGGCCAGAAGCGAAGGCGAGACGGCCCGGGCCGGAAAUCAGCUACCACAGAUAAACAUUCUCCACCCGACGCGGGCGAGCAGCCCGACGAGCCGCCCUCAGCAACCGGCGUCGAAUGCCCAGGUGGCCGCCCAGCUGGCCCUGUCGCACCCGCAGUUCCCGCAGAGGAGAACGCAGAAGGAGGAGAUGCUGUGCGGGAGGCAUUACUACCCCUUCGACAAAGAGCUCUGUCUGGAGCGCGAGCGGUGCGCCGUCGCUUGCUGGAGGUUCAACAACCUCACGAACCCGCCCUCCCACGGCGUGUCCCCCGAGGAGCGAGCCCGCUUGUUCCUCGAGAUACUGCAGCCUCGCUAUCCCGUACGGAUAUCGCCGAGCGAGGCUUCACCCGUGACCAACGUUGGGCGGGUCGGUCGCCACGUUGCCGUGGAGACCCCCUUCACCUGCGACUACGGCUACAACAUCUCGAUCGGCAACCACGUAGCCAUUGGCCGAAACUGCACCAUCAACGACGUUUGCGAGGUCAAGGUGGGCGACAACUGCGUCAUCGGCCACAACGUCAGCAUCUUCACCGCAUCCUUGCCCAUCGACCCCAAGAAGCGCCAGGGAGGGCAGGGCCCUCAGAUGGGCAAAGGCAUCACCAUCGAGCAGGACUGCUGGAUCGGCGGCGGCGCCAUCAUCCUGCCGGGCCGCAUCAUUGGAAAGGGGAGCACCGUCGGCGCCGGCUCCAUCGUCACCAAGGUUUGCUCCGCCCCCUCCUCCGCGCAUUUGCUUUGUUUUGCGUCGCCGGCUGACGGUCCCACCCAGGACGUGCCACCUUUCACCGUCGUCGCCGGCAACCCCGCGCGCGUCCUGCGUGGCGUUGGCGUUGCGCCGUAG